GAACAGUCGGUUUUAAAAUAAUUUGGUCAUCAUCUUUGAAUCAGGCGACAAGGAAAGUUCAGGCUUAUGGGCAUUUUAGGAAUCAGAAAUCAUCGAAAGAGUUUAAUUUCCCAUAAAGACGCUGUUGAGCUUCCUUUAAUUUUGGUUCAUGCCUUUUUGAGUCGCGUGCAAAGGGAGUUCAAACUCCUCUUGCUCUUGACGGAGUCUGCAGUUACAGCAGAAUAGUUGAACGUUUUUGAUCGAAGGGACAAUUAUUUCCAAAGUCAUUUGUUUUGGUGAAGGCGGAAAACCGAAUCAGUUAUGGUGGAAGAAUUCACACCAGAGUCUGGAGUAAAACUUGAUUGUGAUGAAAGCACAUCUAAUGACACGACAGAGGAUCUCCAAGAUAAAGAGAGACUUGACGAUGCCACUUUGAGAGCGAAAGCAAAACUUUAUCUUGAGAAAGGCAACGAAGCUUACAAACAAGAAAAGGAUUACACAUGCGCAGUCCAUUUUUACACGCAAGGCAUUCAUGUGGAGUGCAAAGAUACCAGACUUAUCGCCAAACUAUACAGCAACAGGGCAACGGCUCAUUUCCAUCUGGGAUGUUACCGAGAAACACUGGCAGAUGCAAAGCUCGCUCUUCGACUGGAGCCAACACUCAUAAAAUCUUUAGAACGGGGAGCCUCUGCUUGCGUAAAACUACAGCUGUUUGAAGAAGCAAAACUCUUUUGUAUCGGGGGACGUAUGAUUGAUGGCAGCAGGAAAUGCUUUGCAGAAGUUUUGACAAAAUGUGCUGGUGAGUCACUGGAGGGCUCGCAAGAAACGCAAGAAAGCGAAGGAAAAAUUCAUAAUCACACUACAGCGAUACAAGUGUUAAAAAGCCACCACAUUCCCAUGGACUACCUUGAGCUACUUCUAUCAAUCGCCAUGGCAACGGGAGACAAAGCUCAAGAAAGUAAAUUUUGUGAAUUACUCGGUAAUUCUUAUGACAGAUUACGACAAUUUCAAACAGCCAUCAAGUAUUAUGAACUUUUUCUAAACAUCGCAAAAGAAGUGGGAGACAAAGAGGCAGAACAUAUAAGUUAUUACAAUCUUGGCAUUGCUUAUAAAAAAUUAGGACAAUUUCAAACAGCCAUCAAGUAUUAUGAACUUUCUCUAAACAUCGCCAAAGAAGUGGGAGACAAAGUGGCAGAAGGUAAAAGUUAUUGCAAUCUCGGCGGUGUUUAUAAUGAAUUAGGACAAUUUCAAACAGCCAUCAAGUAUUAUGAACUUUUUCUAAACAUCGCAAAAGAAGUGGGAGACAAAGAGGCAGAACAUAUAAGUUAUUACAAUCUUGGCAUUGCUUAUAAAAAAUUAGGACAAUUUCAAACAGCCAUCAAGUAUUAUAAACUUUCUCGAAACAUCGCCAAAGAAGUGGGAGACAAAGUGGCAGAAGGUAAAAUUUCUUACAAUCUCGGCGGUGUUUAUAAUGAAUUAGGAAAAUUUCAAACAGCCAUUGAGUAUCUAGAGCAUGCCAUAAACACGGCAAAAGAAGUGGGAGACAAAGAGGCAGAACAUAUAAGUUAUUACAAUCUUGGCAUUGCUUAUAAAAAAUUAGGACAAUUUCAAACAGCCAUCAAGUAUUAUGAACUUUCUCUAAACAUCGCCAAAGAAGUGGGAGACAAAGUGGCAGAAGGUAAAAGUUAUUGCAAUCUCGGCGGUGUUUAUAAUGAAUUAGGACAAUUUCAAACAGCCAUUGAGUAUCUAGAUCAUGCCAUAAACACGGCAAAAGAAGUGGGAGACAAAGAGGCAGAGCAUAUAAGUUAUUACAAUCUUGGCAUUGCUUAUCAUGACCUAGGACAAUUUCAAACAGCCAUCAAGUAUUAUGAACUUUCUCUAAACAUCGCCAAAGAAGUGGGAGACAAAGAGGCAGAAGGAAAAAGUUAUUGCAAUCUCGGCGGUGUUUAUAAUAAAUUAGGACAAUUUCAAACAGCCAUUGAGUAUCUAGAUCAUGCCAUAAACACGGCAAAAGAAGUGGGAGACAAAGAGGCAGAACGUUGUAGUUAUUGCAAUCUCGGCAAUGCUUAUCAUGAACUAGCACAAUUUCAAACAGCCAUCAUGUAUCAUGAACUUUGUAUAAACAUCGAAAAAGAAGUGGGAGACAAAGCUAGAGAAGGUAGAAGUUAUAGCAAUCUCGGCAAUGCUUAUAAAGAUUUAGGACAAUUGCAAACAGCCGUCAAGUAUUAUGAAUUUUCUCUAAACAUUGCAAAAGAAGUGGGAGACAAAGCUGGAGAACGUAGAAUUUAUUGCAAUCUUGGCUAUGGUUAUAAUGGAUUAGGACAUUUUCAAACAGCCAUUGAGUAUCUAGAUCAUGCCAUAAACACGGCAAAAGAAGUGGGAGACAAAGAAGUAGAAGGUAAAAGUUAUUGCAAUAUCGGCGGAGCCUAUCUAAGUUUAGGAGAAUUUCAAACAGCAAUCAAGUAUUAUGAACUUUCUCUAAACAUCGACAAAGAAGUGGGAAACAAAGCUGAAGAAGGUAUAGCUUAUUGCAACCUCGGCAAUGCUUAUCAAGUUUUAGGACAAUUUCAAACAGCCAUCGAGUACUAUGAACUUUCUCUAAAAAUCGCAAAAGAAAUGGAAAAAAAAAUGCUAGAAAUUAGCAUUUAUGGCAGUCUCGGCAGUACUUAUAGCACAUUAGGACAAUUUCAAACAGCCAUCAAGCAUUAUGAACUUUCUCUAAACAUCGCAAAAGAAGUUGAAGACAAAGCUGGAGAAGGAAAAACCUUAAGCGAUCUCGGCGUUGUUUACCAAGGGUUACGACAAUUUCAAACAGCCAUCGAGUGUUAUGAACUUUCUCUACAAAUCGCAAAAGGAGUGGGAGACAGAGCUAUAGAAGGUACGAUUAAUUGCAAUCUCGGCAUAUCAAAUUUUUGUUUAGGAAAUUCUGAAACAGCCGUCGAGUACUUUGUACGCGCUUCAAAUAUUACAAAAGAAGUGGGGGAUAAACUUUCAGCAGCUAAAUCAUUUCGUGGUCUUGGUGAAACUCUGUGUACCAGAGGAAAUUUCCAUGAGGCUUUCAAUUGCUUUCACUCUAGUUUACUUCUGCUUCACGAGAUCAGGGCGAAUUUUCAAUCUAAAGAGGAGUGGAAGAUUAGCUUCCGUAAUUCGAGUGUAGAUUUAUAUACUCCAUUGUGGAAGCUACAUUUAUAUCUAGGUGAAGAGGUUCUGGCUCUUCACACCGCUGAACAAGGUCGUGCAGAGGCUCUGAGAGAUCUCCUAGAAUUAAAAUAUGGGUAUGAACAAGAACACUGCCAGUCAUUCUCUCCAAAGAAAUCUACAAUUACCCUCUUGAGUUGCCUUCCACCAAAUACAGUCUUUAUAGCAGUUGACCAUGGAACUAUUUUCUACUGGGUUGUUCAGAAUGGCAAAGAAGUGACAUUAAGAGAAAACCGAGUUAAUAAUUAUAUUUCAAAAGAGGAGCUCACCAUUUUCAUUGAGACUGUUCUCGGAAAACUUGGAAUGAAAGUUCAUGUCAAAGAUGAAGGCCGUUCGUACUUUGAGACGUGCGAUCAAAGAGGCAAAAACGAUUUUCUUUUCAGUAAUCCUUCCCAGGAAGACAUAUUGAAGAAACUUUACGAGAUCGUCAUUGCCCCAAUCGCAGAUCUCGUGGAAGGAAAUGAGAUCUGCUUGGCUCCCGAAGGUCCAUUGUGGUUGGUCCCCUAUGCUGCAUUGCUGGACUCCGAAUUAAAACAUCUGUGCGACUCUCUCCGGAUCCGAAUGAUUCCAUCCCUGACCGCUUUGAAAUUGAUCAAUGAUUGCCCAGCAGACUUCCACUGUAAGACGGGCGCGCUGCUCGUUGGUGAUCCAUAUUUGGGUGAAGUUCUUUACAAGAAUAGGAAGCUGCCUGAGUUACAAGGCGCAAGAAAAGAAGUCAAGAUGAUUGGAGAUAUCCUAGGAACUGAUCCCCUUGUUGGAGAAAACGCGACAAAAAUGGAAGUGAUGAAGCGACUCUCCUCCGUCACCUUAGUGCACAUUGCAGCGCAUGGUCGAUUAGGAUCAGGUGAGAUCUUUUUGGCGCCAAACCCCACACGGAUUAAUUAACAACCUGAAGAGAGAGAUUACUUACUGACCAUGAAAGAUGUGUCACAAGCUAAGCUACGAGCAAGACUGGUCGUGCUAAGUUGCUGUCACAGCGCAACGGGGACAAUAAUGGCUGAGGGUGUGGUUGGCAUCGCGCGAGCUUUCAUGGGUGCGGGUGCUCGCUCUGUGUUGGUGUCACUGUGGGCGCUUGGUGACGAGGCUACUCUGGAGUUCAUGAAACACUUCUAUGGAGAACUUUUACAAGGAAAGAAAGCCAGUGAAAGUCUACAUCGAGCCAUGGAAUGCAUGAAAAAGUCUGAAAAAUACAAGGACAUGAUGUUUUGGGCCCCAUUCGUCCUUCUUGGUGAUGAUGUGACAUUGGAAUUAACCAAAAAUGACACCGUCUAAUUUCGCAAUGCAGACCAGGACCAAUUCAGCAUGGUUGACUAAUUUGACUGCGCGUUUUAUCUACCUCCUUGACGAAGUAUUUUGAGUUAUCUUCAGAAGAAAGACACAAGGACUAUAGUGCUACUUAAAUGAUUAAGAUAAAAGCAAUUUUAAGAUAAAAGCAUGCCCAGGAAAGGAGAAUUCAGUUAACAAUCCUAAGAAGUAAAUUGACAUUCCUAAAAAUCACAGCGCCAUUUUGGUUAAUAAUGAGGUGGUUUUUCAGGAAAUGUACGGUAUUCGCGCAAUUUUUCGCGUGUUCGUUUCGAGACAAGUUUUUUGAUAAUCUGAUUUCAGUUUAUUUUAUAUCACUGAUGACGUCUGAAGAGGCAUUCUACGCAAGAAUCAACUAAACUUUGUUUGAAAUUUUUGACCCUCGUGCCAAUUGAAAUAUUUCAUACAGUUAGGUAUGGAAACAUGUUAAAAAUGGCUUAAUCAGUUUACUUUUAUGUUUCAACGCUGAAUAAGCGUUCCGCCAUGGACACAAAAACUCGAGAUAAUUACGGUAAUUAAACGAUUAUUUUAAUAACCGAUGGCAUUCUUGUGUCGAAGAAGUUACGAGUCUUCAUCCACCCUUUUAACAGUGCUCUUUUUUCUUCGAUCGGAGCUGAUCUUAUUUAUAUA